AUGGUAUUGGGCGGCUGUUGUUUAGGCAUCAUCGCCAUCUUCCUCCCGCCUCUUGUGGUCUUCAUCCGACGCGGCUGCGGCGCCGACCUCCUCAUCAACAUCGGCCUCCUCUUCCUCGCCUGGAUACCCGGCGUCCUCCACGCCUGGUACAUCAUCCUCGAGUAUCCGAGCUUCCGGCAACGGCAGAAGAUCAAAAGGGAGCGUGCGCAGAGCUAUUCGAGCUCUAGAGGAGCGAGGAGUCCGGCGCGGAGGAGCCAGGAGGUGGGAUACGAACGGCGGAGAAGCACAUCGCGGAAUCCUUAUGGGGCGACCACAAGGCCGUACUAUCGUGAUGAGUACUAUGACGGUGGCAGGCAGCCAGCAGCGUACUAUCCACCGCCGCCGAGAUACAAGUAUUGA